AUGAGUUAUACAGCAGCAGUGAGAGGAUUUGCCGUCUUCCUUCUCUCCGUACAAGUGACAGUGGGUCAGUAUGACUGCAGAGUGACUUACACCUCUACUGAGAUCUGUGCUGUAAAAGGAUCAACCGUGGAAAUACACUGCAGCUACAGAUACCCAUCCAGAAUAAAUUCACCUUAUACCAGACUGAAGAAAAAAUUAUGGUUUAAAGAAUAUGAACCUGUAGAUCUGAGAACAGUCCCACAGUAUUCAGGUCGUGUACAGUACAGUUUUACUGACAAGGACUGCACUCUGACAAUCACAGACCUGAGAGAGAGCGACUCAGCUGUGUACAAGUUCAUGUUCACAACAGACCAAGGUGGGAGUUCAACUGGUUCACCUGGAGUCACUCUGUCUGUCACAGAUCUCCAGGUGCAGGUGAGGAGGUCAUUCCAUAGUACCUGGUCAGAACUGAAAUGCCACAACAGUUGUGCUCGACCUGAUCAUUAUCACUACAUCUGGUACAGGAAUGGACAGACAAUUUGGGAACACACAUCUUCUUUUAUAGACAUCUUGAAUCCUGCAAACACCUAUUACUGUGCUCUGAAAGGAUAUGAGAAUUACGCCUCUCCUUCAGUGUAUGCUCCAAAGCGUCCCUCUGUGUCAGUGUGUCCCUCUGCUGAGAUAGUGGAGGGCAGUUCAGUGACUCUGACCUGUAGCAGUGAUGCUAACCCAGCAGCUAACUAUACCUGGUACAAGGAGAACCAAACACUGCUCAGUGAAGAGCCACAGCUUGUCUUCAGCUCCAUCCAGUCCUCUGACUCUGGACAGUAUUUCUGUGCAGCUGAGAACGAGCUGGGGAAGACGAUGUCUGACUCCAACUUUGUUCAUGUGAAAUCCGCGGGUUGA